UCUGCUCUGUCACACUCAGUUUGCACUUGGACAAUGACACGAAACCUCCUAUUGUGGGUCCUCAUCCUAUAUGCCUCUCUCGAGCUCUCCGGAAGCCAUGGUCCUGAAUUUGAGGAGGGAAAGCACUAUGAGGUGGUUCGACCGGUCAGACUUCACACAAUCAGAAAAAGACACACAGAGUACCACAGACCAGACACUCUUACGUAUGCAAUGACUGUGGGCGGACAAGACAUAGAAAUGCAACUUGAAAGAAAUAAUGAAUUACUUACCAAAGAUUACACUGAGUCUUACUACCAAGAAGAUGGGACUCGAGUCACCACAGUACCGAAUGACAUUGAUCACUGCUUCUAUCAUGGGAGGAUUGUGAACGACAGUGAGUCAUCUGUUAGCAUCAGUACCUGUGAUGGACUCAGUGUGGUGUUUCAGUAUGUGAAGAUGAACAGGGAUCAAAAGAAGAUGAGACAGAGAAUAUUUGAGAUUGUCAACUUUGUCAACAUGGUCUACAAACCUCUGAGGACCUUUAUUGCUCUGGUGGGGUUGGAGAUAUGGACGAAUGGUGACCUGAUCUCUGUGACCCCCCCAGCAGGAGCAAACCUGGAUGCUUUCAUGAAGUGGAGAAACUCUGAGCUGGUGACGAGGAUAAAACAUGACAAUGCACAUCUUAUAAGUGGUAUCGACUUUGAAGGACCAACUGUGGGUCUUGCUUUCAUCGGGACUCUCUGUUCUGGUCACUCUGUCGGCGUAGUACAGGAUCACAGUGAUGCAGCCAUAGCAGUGGGAGCAACACUGUCUCAUGAGAUGGGCCACAACCUGGGCAUGGACCACGAUGACUCCAGUGGUUGUUUAUGUUCUGACGAUAGCUGCAUCAUGGCAGCAGCCCUCAGGAGCACGACCUGUCCGGAGGAUGUGUUUGCUGUGAAUGGGCUCCCAUGUGAUGGAGGCCAAGGGUACUGCUACAACGGUCAGUGUCCACAGAGACCUAAGCAGUGUGUCAAGAUGUAUGGAUCAGGUGCUAAGGAGGCCAAACAAGGAUGCUAUAACUACAACACCAGAGGAGUCUACUAUGGCUUCUGCAAACGCCCCUCAAAUAAUCAGUUCAUCCCCUGUCAGCAAGAAGAUGUUCUUUGUGGAAAGCUCUUCUGUGAAGGCGGUAAUGACAACCCAAACUAUGGCCGGAUGGUCGCCAUCGGCACAUGCAAGGCAGCGUUCUUCUCAGACACCACCGGUGACCAAGGCCUGGUGGAAACGGGGACUAAAUGUGGAGAUGGAAAGGUGUGCAGCCAGAAUCAGUGUGUGGAUCUGCAGACAGCAUACAGAAACACCAACUGUUCAGCAAAAUGCCCAGGCCAUGCUGUGUGCAACCACAAAAGUGAGUGCCAGUGCGAGCCUGGGUGGACGCUUCCUAACUGUGACUCAGUGGACACAGCUUUUAGUGGUACUGGAAAAACUAUUGUCAUUGCAGUCACGGUUACACUACUAGUCCUAGGCAUCAUUGCUGCCAUCGCAGGAAUCAUCUGGAAAAAGCAACAAAGUCCCAUCCUGCCAACUGGAACAAAUCAGAGGAAGCAGAUAGCUGUGCAGAACCCGGCUUACCACAGCAAACAGCCUCCACCCAGUUACCCUGGAUCAGGCCAACAGGCUGGCAGACCAAAGCGUGAAGGACCUCCACCUCCACCACCUGCAGCUGGGACCAAACCUAAACCAGUCAUUCAGAUCCACAGAACUGCACCAGCUCCACCAGGGAACAAACCCACACCACCCAUUUCAAACUACACAGCUGCACGGCAGGCUCUGAGGCCAGUUCCUCCACCAAAGGUCUGAUGUCUGCGUGGUGCCAUCUCUUAGCAGCUCUUAUUGCUCUCAGUAGGAGGCUGCCGUCACCGCUUUCUCAGUGCUGAAGCAACAUUUCUACAAUGACUCACAGAUUGCACGAGGAGCAGGCCAGACUCUGAUUGUUACUAGCAUGCCAUCCGCUGAUGUCGUCAUCGCUUUAUAUUUUCUAAGGCACUUUUUCAUACUGCAGGGUUAGAGAUACAGACAAGUAUCUCUACUAGUGUUCGUAUCUCUAACAAGGCAAGUGCAAGUACAGCACAGGCAUCCCUGACUCUGAAUGUGACUUAUAACUCUUUUUAUCACAGUAAUGGCACAGAAUAUGAGUGUGUGUGCAUGACCUAAUGAAAAUGUUAUAACAGAAUUCAGAAUUUGUUACAGUUUCAUAUUUCAUUUGUGUUUUUAAAAUCCUUAUAAAUUUCGCUGACUUUGACGUGACAGUCAAAAAUCGGAGUGCGAUGCUCUGUUGCACCCUACAGUGCUCUGCUUUAAAGUGAAUGCACUCAGAGAACUCAAAGACUGCACUUACCCCACCAGCUGAACAUUAUGAAGCACCUUAAGAGUCUGGUUUUUUUAAAUAUUUUAAACCAUGCUUUCUCUUAUGACACUGUAAAAAUUUGAGUUGUAUUUAUAGUUUUAUCUAAAUGUACAUAUUUAUCUACUUUGUUUACAAAAUCAGACUUCUGCAUGAGUAGAGAAAGAACAAAAGCAAUGAGCUUCUUAUUGGUGCCUUUUUUGAAGCUGGACCACUAAGCGUGUAUACAAGAUUAGGUCUCACAUGCAAGUGGUAAGACACAUAUCAUUUGCCACACCAUUAAAAUGAGCGACUGUGAUGUUUUUUAAUGUUGACGUUGUAUAAUUCUUCUUAAUUCUUAUAUUGAAACAUUUUGUUUUACAUUUAUUUGCAUUAUGGUUGUUUCCCAAUAUUUUUUUUACUAUAAUAUUGUCCUGCUGUAUACUUUGUCCUAUGCACUUACUUUGUAAAGCGGGACCAUGCUGUACAAUGAUUAAAUAAAAGUGAUUAAGUGACUAACA